UUGAAUUAUCAAUCAAAGUUCAGCCCAGCCACGGCCACGUUAAUUUUAAAAUUCAUAACAAAAGCUUCCAAUUUUUGUCGAAAACACCUAAUUUUCAUUACUUUGGGACCUGCAUUAAUGAAGACAACUAUGCCGGAAGUAAACGAGGGUGGAAAGAAAGGAGAAGAGGGUGAUUUCGUUCAGGUCAGCAGCCGGAAAGCUACCAAGCGAAAGCGGGCCGCCGACUCCGCCGUCGAAAUUGUCAAUGGAAUUGAAGGCAUGGCUCUCUCGCAGCAUCCGUCUGCAAAACGCCAAAACCGUAAACAGGCUGCCGACAGUGAAUUUGAAACAAGAAAGGUACCUGUGCCUUCCCAUCGGUACACACCCCUGAAGGACAACUGGAUGAAAAUUUUCACGCCCAUCGUCGAGCACCUUCAGUUGCAAGUUAGAUUUAAUCUGAAGACCAGGCAGGUCGAGAUUCGCACUUGCAAGGACACAAAGGACAUCAGUUAUUUGCAAAAAGCUGCAGAUUUUGUCAAAGCGUUCAUUCUCGGUUUCGAAGUUGAAGACGCCCUUGCCCUUCUAAGACUGGAUGAUUUAUUUCUGGAGUCCUUUGAGGUUACUGAUGUUAAGCCUCUAAAGGGUGAUCACUUGUCAAGAGCCAUUGGGAGAAUUGCUGGCAAAGGCGGUCGCACAAAAUAUACCAUCGAAAAUGCAACCAAGACGAGGAUUGUUCUUGCGGACUCCAAAAUCCACAUUUUAGGCUCUUUCCAAAAUAUCCAAUUGGCCAGGAGGGCUUUGUGCAAUUUGAUCAUGGGUAGCCCUCCUUCCAAAGUCUAUGGACAUUUGAGAAAUGUAGCUGCUAGGGUGUCUGAACGUCUGUGAAUAAAUAAAAUAAAAGGUAUCCAUAAAUUGUG